AGGCUGUGGAAUCCUUGGAGUAGGCAUCUGGCUGGCUGUUACCCAAGGGAACUUUGCCACCCUCUCCUCUUCUUUCCCAUCCCUGUCAGCUGCCAACCUACUGAUCGUCACAGGGACGUUUGUCAUGAUCAUUGGCUUCGUGGGCUGCAUAGGCGCCAUCAAAGAAAACAAGUGCCUCCUGCUGAGUUUUUUUAUCAUGCUGUUAAUUAUAUUGUUGGAGCUCACUGUUGCGAUUCUGUUCUUCGUCUACAGCGACAAGAUUGACAAGUAUGCUCAGCAGGAUCUGAAGAAAGGGCUUCAUUUGUAUGGGACCGAUGGAAAUAUUGGCCUAACUAAUGCAUGGAGCAUCAUUCAAACAGAUUUCAGAUGCUGUGGAGUCUCCAACUACACCGACUGGUUUGAAGUGUACAACGCAACCCGGGUGCCGGACUCCUGCUGCUUAGAGUUCAGCGAGAACUGCGGACUCCAUUCCCCAGGGACCUGGUGGAAAGCGCCUUGCUACGAAACAGUGAAAGUAUGGCUCCAGGAAAACUUACUAGCAGUGGGAAUCUUUGGAUUGUGCACAGCUAUGGUGCAGAUUCUCGGACUCACCUUUGCAAUGACCAUGUAUUGUCAGGUAGUCAAGGCAGACACCUACUGUGCAUAGACACCAUUCCCAAUCUUUCUGCUCCUCCUCCAAAGGACACAGGAGAAAUCUCCUUCAUGCUCAUUCAUCUGACUUUUUUUUUUUUUCUCCCCCCCUUUGUACUAUAAACUGUGUAUAAUGCUAUCUUUCUGAAGAUUUUGUGAAUCACCCCACUUUACUGAAGGAGGAAAAAAAAAAGAAAAAGUCAGUACUUGAACUGGCACAGGUAAGAAGCAGCCUUGUCUUUCAACAGAAGAAAACCUCCAAAGAGCAGUGGUUCCUCUUCCAUGGCCUGUGGCAAAGGCAAAAGGGGCUGAUCUGCAAACCGACCUUAGGAAAAAGAUUCUACUGAGGCAACCUCUGCCAAACCUGCCAGGUCGCCUUCCUGCAUUUCAUGGUCUAGAAGAGAGGGCACAGAAAAUGAGUAGCCUUCAGCAUGGAAAGAAGUUACAGAGUAGCUAGCACUAAAUGCAAUUGUAAUUUUACUAUGGUUUGCACACAGCUAAACAGCAAGAUCAAGCAGCCCUGCCUCCAAGUGUCUCAAGAUGAUUUUGUAGCCAGGAAAGGAUCAUCUGCAGAAAUCUGUUAUUUUAAAGGAGUAUUUUUAAUCCUAUGUGCUGCAAAGUCAGGCUUUUAAUCAGAAUCUGUACAGUGAGAUCUGGCUGUUAAGGGAAAACAAUAUUGGACAUUGUCUCACUUAUUAAUCGCCAGGGGCAUAUAGAUGGUUUACUGUAUAUGUAAUAUAUAUUACAUUCAUAGCCACAUGCUGUUCUGAAAGGAGGUGAAACUGCCCAGCAUCUAACCUCAGAAAGAGGGAACCUUUCUAUUCCAUUUUACAUUCCAACUGAAAUAACCGAGUAUGAUUUCUUGUAGAAGGCACUAUCACUUAUACCUCUGGGAAACAAGUAAUUACUUUCAGCUGUAUCUUCAUUUCAGUAAACAACCUGUGAGUGGGCUCUUGCUGUCAUUCUACUAUGGUUUUAUUUUUUUAUCAUCCCUGUUUCAAGUUAGUCUGCCAAAAAAUACCACUCAUUUCCACACUUGAAGAUCCAUACAAAGCUGUCAGCUGUUCCUUCCCUGAAUGUCACCAUUUCAUUAAUUUACUUUGGGAUAGCAUCAUCUGCAGGUAUGAUAAGAGUUUGCCUUGCUGAGGAAAAAUCUUUUGCACACUGCUCAUUUUUCAGAGAGUUAUUAAGACUUUGGAUGUUUAUGCUUAGUUGUUUGGUUUUUUUCUUCUUUCUGCUGCAUGCUUACAACAGCCAAGACACAUCGGUCUUUGUUAGAACUGGAGUCACCUCUCAGUUCAGUGUUCCUCCACCUGGCUGUUGGCUAUAAUACGCCCCACACUUUCUGGAAUUUGCAGAAAUCAAAAUCAUAACUUUCCUUAGCCAGAAAACAGCCACCACUUGUCCCAUUUCCCCACCCUGCACUGGUAAAUGGAGUAAUUCACCUAGUACCCCUCUGUGCGCACCUUCUAGUAACGAAGUUAAGAUUCAGGUGUUUCCCAUCCUUCAAACAAACAAUUCCCUAUCAGCAAGCGGCCCCAGAAAACGCGCAGGUGAGAGGGAGAAGCAGAAGCAGCCCAGGGAAAGGGCACAGCUGGGGACAGGCAAACAGGCCCCGAGGGCCUCGGCUGCUGCCAGCAGCCCAGAGGUACAACCCACCACCCUGCCCUGUUUCCCCCCCCAGCUGGAGGCAGCCGUUCCUACUGUGACAGACUAAGCAGCACACAUCAAGUUCAGGCAAAAAAAAAGCUUCCCUGUACCUUUACCACUUACAACAGCAGGUCUCAGCCGCGAGUGAAAUGUUGCUUACUUGGAUUUUAAGGCAAUUUCCAGCAGUUAAAGCUGGACUCACCAACCCACAGCCUAUUGAACAAGCUCCUUAACACCUGUAAGUAACCAACCCUUUUCUGGUCCUGCACCAUUGACAAAUACUACUCUCACAGCUUAGGUUUUAGAUUGGUUUUUUUUUUUUUUCCCCUCUUUGCUGACUUCCUGCACUCUUCUCACCCUCAGGCCCAAAACUACUCCACAGGGAAGUGCUUAGGACAGUCUGGUGUGUGAAAGAGCAAAUACCUGAUGGAAUCUUGCCCCCCACCUUUAUGCAUCAACCUCAGUAGCAUUUAGCUGUGCAGGCGAAGUUGACAGUAAAGCAUUACUUGUGUGCAUUUUAUGUGGCUCCCCAAUCACUCACCAUCACUGACGCAUCUUACUGGCUAACAAGUCUCGACAAAAGUGAACAGACUGACCUCAACCCAAGACAGAGUGGAGUAACGGAGUGAGUAGCCCACACCCCAAGCAUGAGACUUACUCUUGGCAUUACAAUCAUGCCAUGGCAUAUAGUUUGUACACACAGGUGCUCCUGCUGACAGCUCAGAGAUUCCAGCACUGAAAAGGAGCAUACGAGUGGUGAAUAGCUUAAUAAAACAUUGAUUUUUUAAGAAAGAUAAAAGGUAGACAAGUCUAUUUGUAGUGAUCCCUGCCAUUAAAAAUUAACACCGAGACAGCAGGCUGCUGAUGGCUCAGUUGGUAAGAGCAAACUGUUGUGCAACAGAGCUCCCCCAGAAGGCAACUCUCAUCAGUUUGCCUGGUGCUGGCGGAGGGAGAGGAGAGCUCAAACCCUCCUCCUGUGAGUCUCCCGCUAAUAUGUGCUGGUCUCUGAGAGAAGACUGCUAGACUUCACCUAAACCUACAGACCAGAGUGAGAGACAGAGACAGACUGAAGACAAGGACCCACAAAGUGUGAUGUCUGAUCAUGUUCCACAGUUUAGGUGGCUUUACAACAAGAUAAACUGCCUCAGUUUUCAAAAACAUGUAGCUGUAGGGAGUAUAAGCAACAGUCACUUUGUAAAUCCCAGUCACUGCAACAGAAACAUAUGGCACUGCUGAAAAGGAGGAAAGAAAGAAAGAGAAAAAAAAAAAAAAAACAAAACAACAAAAAACAGACCACACAU